AUGAGCGGAGCAACUAGUGAUCAAAUCACCACGGCGAUUGUUAUUCCUAGUGAAAAUCCUUCAAAAUCGAAAGUAAAUCAAAUGAGUGACGACAAUUUCUUAUCGAACAAUUCAACCGAUCGAAUUGACACUAAACGUGUUCGAUAUCCUCAUUGUAUUGUUUGGACACCAAUUCCAGUUCUUACUUGGCUCUUUCCCUUCAUCGGUCAUAUGGGUAUUGCACGUACCGAUGGCGUCAUUCGAGAUUUUGCUGGGCCCUAUUAUGUUUCCGAAGAUAACAUGGCAUUUGGUUUACCUACACGCUAUCUUCAAUUAGAUUUAAAUCGCGUAUCGUCGUUGGGCAGUUCAAACAAUCUACGAAAUGUAUGGGAUAAAGCCGUUGAACAGGCAUCUGAUGAAUACAAGAAACGAAUGCAUAAUCUUUGCUGUGAUAAUUGUCAUUCGCAUGUUGCCAUGGCCUUGAAUACUAUGGGCUAUGAUCGAAAAUAUUCAUACAAUAUGGUUUCACUGGCAUUUUGGAUGUUCUUUUGUGGAAAAUAUGUCAAUUUCGGUGGUCUUCUCCGCACUUGGAUCCCAUUUCUUAUCUUAGCCUCCAUUGUCAUCGUUGUCACUGUCGUUGUCAAAUUGCAAACAUAA